UAUCCGUCCAAUAGCAGCUGAUUAUCUGUCGUUGUUGCGCAGCCCUGGCCGUCCUGCCGGUACCGUUUGGCUGUACCCGUUCGUAUUUAAUUAGGAAUCACAUGUACAGCUGUCCUCUCAGCUAUUAUUUCCCUUGUAGUUACUAUUUCUAGUUUAGCUGGUCAUGAAUUAUUACUGAAUACAGAGAACACUCGUCGUCGAAAGAACACAUUUUUUCCAUUUUAUAUGUGAUAUUGUAGCAAACUUUUUAUUGUAGCGUAAUCUGCGGCAGAGUUCUUGUGAAACAACGCUGCGCUCUCCGACGACGAACAUCGCCUUCGCGAACUUCAGGCUUCGCUACUGCCCAAACGGGUGAAUUGUCGUCGAUAGCAGAAUUGCCUAGCACCUAUAGCCGAACAAAGAUACUUGGUGCUCUUAAUAUCCAUUAAGCGUCAAGCAUAGUUUACUGCCCUAGGAUCGUGGUUCUAGUCAAGCGUUUCGCAGUGAUUGAUGUGCUCGUGAGCUCUCGCAGCACUGCCGAACGGGAAGAAAGAUCAAAAAAAAAGGGCCGAGUUGAGCAAGUGAAGGCGUUAAAUUCGGGGUAUUUAAAUUCCUAGGGAGAGCACCAUAGGCAUCCAGAUACGAGUCUCGUGGCAAAGUUUGCCUUGAUGCAAUUUAAUUCCACGAUCUGUUUCAUUGCAUUGUUGUAGUGCGCCACUUGCCUGUGUGAUAUUGUGAAUCCGUACGCAUUAACAGUGUUAUUGCUUCACAAGCAAGCAAACAAGCGACCGAGUGUGUUUUUUUAGAAACCAAAAAGAAAUUUUUUGAUGACUGAUUAAAGCUAUAAGCUGAGACACGCGCAACGCGUAAAUGAGGCUCGAGUAUCUAUUUGGUUAUUUGCGUACCUGCUGGAGUAUAGAGGCAAGGGAAAAAAAUCGUGGCGUCUUUUUAUGAUUAUACAUAGUUGCAACAGCUUCAUCUUUACAGAGCUACAAACCAUUUACGAUACUACGUCAUCUACAUUUGGACAAACGAAAGACAAAUCAAGACAUUGAACAGGAACAAAACGAGGUCAAUUAAAAGCGCUGCAUGUAGCGCCGUUCUAAGGCGCGGAAACAUAGUUAUCUCGAAAUAGUGCCGUCCUGCCAUCCAUAUUGUAUGUUAUAGAAGUGAAGUAUCGUGGUUUUACCGUUGUCAUCAAACCACCUACCACAGGUUCUAACCAUAGGCGCCCACAUUAAGAGCAAUAGCAAAGAAAAAUCUAGUGCAAGAAGGCGCAGCAACCCGAAGGGCAAACAUUCGCAAAUGACAUGUGUUGGAACUCUGCUAAGUAGAAAGUAAGGAACGAACCAAAAACAGGUGCCUUUUGUUUUAUUAAUCUCUGACAUUUUGAGACGCUUGAUUACAUUAUUAGUCUAGACAGCUUUGCUGGUCCUACUUGUCAACUGCCAUUGAUUGCUACGAGAUGCCUCAGGAGAAUGGUGGAUCGGACGCGGACGCCAAAUUCAUCUGCGGUGUGGUGGAAGGGUUCUACGGGAGACCAUGGACUUCCGAACAAAGAAAGGAUUUAUUCAUCAAGAUGCGAUGUUGGCAGCUAAACACGUUUAUGUAUGCGCCAAAAGAUGAUGCAAAACAUCGUGCGCAGUGGCGAGAACCGUAUACAGUCGAAGAGGCCGAGGAGCUACAAGGACUCAUAGCGGCCUCAAAAGAAAACGGAAUAGAUUUCUACUAUGCUAUUUCGCCAGGCCUAGAUAUUAUCUACAGCAACGCCAAAGAAGUGGCCACGCUUAAGAGAAAACUCGAGCAGAUUGCAUCGUUUGGAGUGACGGCUUUUGCGAUUCUUUUCGAUGAUAUAGAACCGGAGAUUGGCGCUGCCGAUAAGGAAGUGUUUGAGACGUUCGCGCAGGCCCAGGUGGCUAUAACGAACGAAAUGUACCAGGCGUUAGGUCAACCAAAAUUUAUCUUCUGCCCUACAGAAUACUGUGCGUCUCGGGCUGUGCCUAACGUGCAAAACUCCGAGUAUUUAUCGACAAUUGGCCAGAAACUGUUACAAGGCAUCGAUAUAAUGUGGACGGGGAACAAAGUGAUCUCAAAGAACAUCACUCUUAAAUCUAUUCAGGAACUACAAGACAUCCUCCGUCGUUCGCCUUUAAUUUGGGACAAUCUCCACGCGAACGAUUACGACCACAAACGGGUGUUCCUUGGUCCUUAUUCAGGUCGCUCAACGCGUCUUAUUCCACACCUACGAGGAGUCCUUACAAAUCCAAAUUGCGAAUAUGAAGCGAACUUUAUCGCUAUCCAUACUCUUGCUCAAUGGAGCCGAUGCACGUCGGACGCGUGUAAAAGUGUGGAUGAUAGUUCAUCGUGCGAGAGCGUUGAUAGCUGUGGUUCAAUAUCUUGUCCUGGAGGGGCAUCAUGUUUGGGAAGUACUCGAGGCACCCUUUCCGCGGCUUCACCACUGCCUGUGGAUUUUCCCGAGGAUGAGGUGCCAUCUCGACUACCUGCUCAUUCAUACCAUCCUCGACGAGCUCUGCAGGAAGCUAUCCAAGAAUGGCUACCUGAGUUCAACAAUACAACAAAGAGCGCUUAUGGACGGGUGAUUAACACAGAUACUUUGCUACCUCCAAACACAACCACCGCCUCAACAACAGCAACAAACAUAGAAGUUACGAGUUCUGGUGAAGUUCUAGCGCCGCCAUUGAGCUCGGAGUUGGUAAGCACCUUAGUGAGUGGAUCAGCGACGACGGUAUCUGGAACGGGAUCAUCUGGUGGUGCAAAGCCAGCAAUUGCAAGCAACCUUCUCGAACCUAUGGACUGUAAUCCUACGCCGCCGCGAAGUGUUAGUCCUUCAAGGGUUGAUGACGGAACUGUAGAAGACGAGCCAGUUGAAGCUCCAGCGGCGAAUGAAUUGCCCGUGGGGGUUGAUGAGGUCGAAACCAAGGCUGUUGAAGAGGAAAUGCAGACAGAAGAAGUCCCAUUACCCCCAUCGGCGGCCAAUGGAUCGGAAGACCCCGGUGAGUCGUCAAAAUCUCGAGGCGGUCCAAUUGAUUCGUCAGAAGUUGGCCUUCUGGUGGAUCUAUUCUAUUUGCCGUUUGAACACGGUCGACAAGGGAUAGAGUUCCUGCAGGAUUUUGCGUGGCUUAAAGGAAACGCGCACUAUGUCGCAACAAAACGCAACGACACCGAACUGGACGAGUGGUACCGUCGGGCUACAAAAUUCGAUCAGAUGACGCAGCGUGUCAAUCAACUGUCGGAGAAACUUAUGUUUAUUCCUAAUCGGUCGUUGCUCUAUGAUCUCAACCCGUACGUUUGGGACAUAAAAGGAGUAAUCUCUUUAAUUAAUGCUUACAUUAAAUGGAUCGGCUAUUCGAAAGGUUACGGCAAGCAAGCAUUCCUACCUGGUGAACAGGAACCUUGGGUCUUUCGUGGUGGGCUAACAGCAGAACUUCAACGAUUGCUUCCGCUCGACACAGUGCAUGAUCUGUUUCUCUACAAAGCACCAGAUACUCCAAUUAACAAAACGUACACAAUUCGGCCAUACCUAGCUUCAGAUGAAAGAGCCGUGUACGAAGUCUGUUCUCGAACGUGUAUUGAUGGCGAAGACGGAACUAUGGAAUUUGAGGGGUAUCCCGACCUUAUCGGGGACAAGACAAUUGGGGGCUUUUUGGCCCUUUCAAGUGAGUUUAGCUUUGUUAUGGAGGACGAAAACCGAGUCGUAGGAUAUGCCUUAGCUGCUGUUAAUGCAGCAGAGUUCUUUAAGCGUUUAGACAUCGCCUGGACUUCCGAGCUCAAAGAGAAGUACCCUUUGCCCACAGUAGAAGCCAGUGAAAUAAAAGAAAACGCUGUCAAGGAUCAAACCAACCAAAUUACCAGAGCGGACGAAAUUAUUAACGGGUUACAUUCGCCGUCAUCGCCUACGUGGACCACGUACCCCGCCUACCCUUCGCUGCUGGUUAUGGCACUGCUUCCGCAGAUUGAUGACGGAUCACUCGCAAAACGUCUGCUAGCCUGUGCGAUCGCCGCUUUAAAAGCUAACGGCAGUCACGGCGCUCAUGUCAAGCUUAAUGCAGCCGACCACAACAUGAUAAAUUUUUACGCGCGACUUGGGUUCCAGGAAAUCUGCCGGGAGGAUAAUGACGAAACGGUCGUUCUUGGUCGAAUGUUCUGAUCGCUAAGUAUGAAUAGCUCGAACGCAAGUAAAAAAAGAAGAAACAUUUAGCAGAGCUACAUUUAAGAACUGACUCCAAAUAUAAUGGUAGAUUUUCUGCUCCUUACUGUCUCACCAUGUUCCAUCCUUGUUUCUUAAUGACACGGAGUAGGACAGGCUGACGCAAAAUGACACGUAAUGCAACUGACUCCCGAGCAUGGAGAACCUAUCACAUUAGCUCGAAAUAAGCACGAAGGUGUCAAUAACAUAUUCAUAUAAUCUUCCAUCGUGCUGGAUGUGGAGUUUAAUCGCAUUUCAGAAGGUCUCUAAUUUAAGCCUCAAUUUUCAUAAAUCGGGUGUUAUCUUAUUGAGAUGAGUAAACAAAAUACAAUUUAGUGAAUUUAUUGACGAGAAACAUAGCUGCCAGCACUCUCGAAUACAAGCUAGUUGACAGUCUUAGAUUUCAGUUUAAGCACGCCUUUAGGGUUUACUUUUGGUGGGUAAAUGGUCACAGCUAUUCUAAUAGAAAUCAUUGUCAGGUUUGAGCCGCAUAAUUUUUAUACUGACACAAAAAUCUCGAGUUGCUACAGCGCGAAUUUAUUCCUUUCAGUGAAUAUAGUUUGCUUCGGAAAACAAUCUUCGAAGUCGUGAAAAGUGCGAAGCACAGUCAAAUAUAUAGUAAUUGUUCAUCUAUUUCUUAAAUGUAAACUUAAUUUCAUCUCGUUAGUCUAUUGUCCAUUGUUAAGUAGCGUGUUUGGUUGAUGCUGGUGUGUUUGUAUAAAAACUAUGGACUGUUAGCGUGUGUGAAUGGUUUAGGCAACUUCAAAGUUUUUCCAAAGUUGUGAUUGUCACUACACCACAAAUUAAAGCAUAGGACGAACUAAUUAUCGAAGAAUAAUGCCAGCAAGCGUGUAGGCUUCUUGAUAAAAUUAGUGAUUUAUGCAGUUUAUAUAAAUACUUCCAAGAGAAUACAGCCUAUAGUUUUUUUUUUAGUGACUACAUAUAUAUAUGUAAUAUGUCAACCGACUAUCCGUUCGGCCCCUUAAAAUAAAGGUCCGCACAAGGUUGGUAUAAGAAAAAUGUACUCUUUUAGAUUCGACCUAGUGCUGCAUGAUCUACAUUGCGAUUCUAUGCCAUGUUAGUAAAAACGAUCCCGAGAUCUUUUGUUUUCAAUUAUUGUACGUCAGACAGUGUCAAAUCAGAAACAGCGCCCUCCAGUAAAUACUAAACCUUCAAAUCGAAGUAUAUUCUUCUAAAUAGAAUAAAUUAAACCCUUUUUUGAAUAUCAAUUAAAACUACACAGCCAAAUGUGUUACAAAUAGAUUUUUAAUAGGAAGUAACAGGUGGUAGAUACGAAGCUAAGAUGCAGAGACUGCAUCACUGUACAUGGCAUCCCGAUAUCUUUAAAAUUAGAUUAAUUUAAAAAAAAAUGAAAAGCGUGCAACAAAAAGCUUGUACGGUGCGACACCAAAAAAUCUUUUUGAAUAUGUUUGUUAUUACCAUUAUUGAUAUUAUUAAUUGUCCAAUCCUCCAUAUUAUUUGUUUGCUUCUCUCUGAGGGAUAUGUUGUAACGCAACGUGUGUGUAGACUUCAUCUGUGAAUAUUCUGUAUGUUCCUGAAAGAUGCGAAAGCUCGUUGAGUAGACGAGAACAAUGGUACAAAUGAUGGGACAAAGUGCAUUGUUUGCAGUGUAAUUAAAUGCUAGUACCACCAGCAGAACGGCCAGUGUAAAAAUAGACCGUUGCAUAAAAGAUGAUGCAUGAUUAAAUUAAUAGCCAAAAUAGAUAUAUAAUAGCUAUAAGUGACGGAACUAAACUAUCUUGGGAUAGAAAAUUGCACUGUAAAGAAAUAUCCAUGUAAACCAAUGGUUUGCAUUCGUAACCUGGGCACUAAAAGGGCAUAACCUCAUGUACAAACAUCUUGCGAUAUCGAAGGUCAAUAGAAAGUAAAUGACUGGGUUAGCAUGGAACUAGAAAUAAAUGUGUGUUUGUAAAGAUUUACUGUCUAAAUCGGGUCCUUUUUUUGUAGAACUAAAGAAUUUGAUAAAAUGGUUGUUAU